CCUGGAACACGGCAACCGCGUUGGGACGUAAAUCUCCCGGACUCCAUAGAGAGAGAAGAAGACGGGGAAGAAGACGACACGCAGAGACUCUCAGACACUCGCGCUGUGGAUAUUUAUACUCCGGAGGACGCAAGGCACGGUGUGGGGACAACAGAAGAGCGGAGACCCUCCCUACAGACAGACAGAAGAGGACAGACCGGCGUAUGAAGAGGUCCGCCUCGGGAACGCAGCUGGCAGAAAGGGACGGCAGGCUCGGGGGCAAGAUGACGGAGAACGGCGUGCACAGUCGGAUCCUGACUUUGGAGUCCAUGAACCCCUGGGUCAAGAAGGUGGAGUACGCCGUCAGGGGCCCCAUCGUCGCCCGAGCUGUGGAGCUGGAGAAAGAGCUGCUGCAGGGUGUGAAGAAGCCGUUCACAGAGGUGAUAAAAGCCAAUAUCGGAGAUGCGCACGCCAUGGGCCAGAAGCCAAUCACAUUCCUCAGACAGGUCGUCGCCCUCUGCCUCUACCCGGAAUUGCUGAACGACAACAAGUUCCCGGAUGAUGCCAAGCAGAAGGCGGUGCGGAUUCUGCAGGCCUGUGGGGGCAACAGCAUUGGCUCCUACAGUGCCAGCCAAGGUAUUGAGGUCAUCCGGCAAGAUGUGGCCAAAUACAUAGAGAAGAGAGAUGGCGGAAUACAGUGCAAUUCGGACGAUAUUUACCUCUCCACGGGGGCCAGUGAUUCCAUUGUGACAAUGCUGAAGCUUCUGGUGGCCGGUCAGGGUAACUCUCGUACAGGGGUAAUGAUCCCCAUCCCUCAGUACCCGCUGUACUCUGCGGCCCUGGCGGAGCUGGGUGCUGUACAGGUGAAUUAUUACCUGGAUGAGGAGAAUUGCUGGGCACUAGACAUCAAGGAGCUGCGGAGGUCGCUGGAGGAGGCGCGGAAACACUGCAACCCCAAAGUGUUGUGUAUCAUCAACCCAGGAAAUCCUACAGGUCAGGUCCAGAGCCGGAAAUGUAUUGAGGAUGUCAUUCGAUUUGCUGCUGAAGAGAAUCUUUUCCUGAUGGCCGAUGAGGUCUACCAGGAUAACGUCUACGCCAAAGGCUGUGCCUUCCACUCCUUCAAGAAGGUUCUGUUUGAGAUGGGCCCCAAAUACUCCGAUGUGGUAGAGCUGGCUUCCUUCCAUUCUACAUCCAAAGGAUUCAUGGGAGAGUGUGGCUUCCGAGGGGGCUACAUGGAGGUGGUCAAUAUGGAUUUGGCCGUAAAGCAGCAACUAACCAAACUGGUGUCUGUCCGCCUGUGCCCCCCGGUGACUGGACAGGCUCUACUGGAUGUGGUGGUGAACCCGCCUCAACCUGGAGACCCCUCCUAUAAAGAGUUCACAGCGGAGAAAAAAGCGGUCCUUGAUAAUCUGGCAGAGAAAGCUCGACUGACGGAAGAAGUCCUGAACCAGGCGCCUGGGAUACAAUGUAACCCCGUCCAGGGCGCUAUGUACUCCUUUCCUAGGAUAGAGAUGCCAGAGCGGGCCAUCAAACUGGCACAGGCGGAAGGCCAAGCCCCGGACAUGUUCUUCUGUAUGAAGCUGCUGGAGGAAACUGGGAUCUGUGUUGUUCCAGGGAGCGGCUUUGGCCAGCGGGAAGGGACACACCACUUUAGGAUGACCAUCCUGCCACCUACUGAAAAGCUGAAGAUUCUCCUGGAGCGACUGAAGGACUUCCACCAGAAGUUUGUCCAGGAAUACUCCUAGACUGUGAAGUCCCAAUGCUGGAACGACCUUGGAUGACAGCAAUGACUUAAGAGACGCAUCCAAAUAAACUGUAGCUGCUCUUAAUAGAUUCUGCACCUUUCUAAGUCGGCCAAGUAUGUUUUGUGUGCCAAAUUCUGCCCUAAAAGUAAAACGUUCUCAAAUUUUUACAGAAGGCCGGGCGGUGAGAGCCGCUUGUUUUUGGCCCCCGGAAAUUUUGAGGUCUCUCUGGGGGGUGGGGGGUGGAGCUUGGGUUGUGAAACUUUUAAUAAGCCAGUAUAUUUGUAUCUUUUAGAGCUUGAUCAUUAAAUAGUAUUAUGCAGAGUUUGGGCUUGUAGAUGGUGCUUCACUAGGAAAUUAUCAGCCAUGGAGGAACUACCCAAUGUGGUUACAAUGUGCCUACAAUAUUCAUCUCAAGGUUUGAUGGCCACACAUCCACAAUGUAACCUCCCAUGGUUAUGCAGACCUUCAUUUCACCCUCCAUUUUAAGAACGGAUGGCCCCUUCUCCAAAUCUUAGUUUCGGGUGGUGUGUGUGCGUCUCCACCUAUAAACCCGAGGAAGUGCCAUUCCCAGAAGAAGCUUCCACUGAGUGGAGAGCUGCUCUCCAUACCACGCUGCUGAAAUUGUAAAUUUCAUUGAAAGACGCUGCUAUGCAAACUACAACAAACUGGAAUCUCUACUCCUGACCAUCACUGGCGGAUGCCAUCUUUUUUAAAGGGCAUUUUUAAGCUUUUCCAGCCCAGCAGGCCCUGACAAAUCCAUAACUGCCCUCUUUUAUUGCCUUAUCAUAAGGUGACCCCCAUGGCUUAGUGGCCCUACAAGGGGCUUUACAGUCAGCCCCUGCUGUUAGGUUCCUUAAAUCUUAAGGGUAAUUUUUAUGUAAUAAAGGCCAGUUUGGAUGAGGGAGGUUUACAAAUAUGUGAAAAGGGCUUGUAUAACGGUGUCUUAAAUUUAACCAAUAAAGAUUCUAAUAAAGUUUA